AUGACUUGGCCCCAUCCUCGGCCACCCGAGCUGUCUCACCCUCCAGAACCCGUUGUCGAGGACCAAACACCGGGGCUCUAUCUACGAAACAACAAAAAGUUCACCUUGGCCAUCUUCUCUGACCUGCACUUUGGGGAGGAGGAACAUGGGUGGGGCAUCAACCAAGACAUCAACUCAACGAGGGUGAUGAACACAGUACUGGAUAAGGAGCCAUCCGUCGACCUGGUGGUGUUGAACGGCGACCUAAUCACGGGCGAGAAUACCUUCAAGGAAAACUCAUCAGCCUAUGUCGACCAGAUCGUCGUGCCGAUGGUCAGUCGCAACAUUCCCUGGGCAUCGACGUACGGCAACCACGACUCCAAGUUUAACCUCUCCAGAGAGGCGAUUCUCCAGGCUGAGAAGAAAUACGCGCUGUCUUACACGCGGCAGAUGGGCCAAGGCCUGCCUGGGGUUACAAACUACUACUUGUUGGUGCAGACGGGAGACGGGCGGCCUGUCGCUGUGAUCUGGUUCUUUGAUUCUCGCGGGGGCGCAUCGUACCAGCAAGACCCGUCUGGCCAGGACGACCUUCCAAACUGGGUGGCAGACGAGACCGCAGCCUGGUUCACGGCAGCUAGCAGGAAGAUCCGCUCCCGGUACGGUCGCCUGCCGAGCAUUGCCUUUGUCCAUAUCCCCCCUCAUCCAUUCCUUGCCGCGCAGGAGGCCGGCCUGGACCCGGCGCACUUCCCUGGCCUCAACGAGGACGUCCCAGUGGCCAUACAGGGGAAAGGAGACAGCGAUGAUGGAUUCGUCGACGCGCUCCUGGGGGAAGAGGGACAACUAUUGCACAGCAUCUACGUGGGACACGACCACGGCGAUGCAUGGUGCAGUGUCUGGCCGGUAUCACGACCACGAGGACGGCGACGCCAUGAUGAAAUGAUUGCUGGCGGUGGCGGCGACGACGAGGAGCAUUCGGGACCCUUCCUCUGCUUCUCGAGGCAUACCGGCUAUGGCGGCUAUGGGACGUGGGAUCGUGGGUCUCGCAUCGUGCAGCUGUCUUUCGAGGACACUGACGGCGACGGGCUCUUGGACGACGAUGACGAGCUGCGGGUUGACACCUGGGUGAGGAUGGAGAGCGGGAAGAGCAUCGCACGGGUCUCGCUGAACGAGACAUACGGCUCUGAUGUCUACGAGGGCGAUUGA